AUUUGACAAAAAAUGGGUGCGCAAAGCCAGGUGCACGGAGCAUCACCCAAAUAAAAUGGUACAACGGCGUUGCAGAGCGUCAGUUAGAAAAUCGCUAUGGCGAUGGAGGUCGAAAUGGUCCAGCCGGGGUUUCCUUUUUGGAGUCCGUCUCGCAGGCGGUACCUUCCAGAUGAUCCUUUCUUCGCUGCUGGUAACAUUGAAAGACAACUUCUGGCUAAACAGGUAGCACUGGAUUUCAGCAGAAAAGAGGAGCAGGUGGCCGGAAAUAUAGAUGACGGAGUAAACAGUGAUGUGCUAUGUCCAAUCAUUGGAUGUGGUGCACGGUUGCGGUGUUUGGAUGACUUUGAAGAUCACUACAUUGCACGGCACUCUGCAUCUUGCUCAGUCUGCUUAAGAGUUUACCCCACAUCACGUCUGCUGAGUAUACAUAUAUCUGAAACUCAUGAUUCGUUCUUCCAAGCAAAAGUUGCUCGUGGGUUUGCUAUGUAUGAGUGUCUAGUGGAAGGCUGUGGUGCUAAGCUGAAUAGCUACAAGUUCCGGCAACAGCACCUGGUUGACAAGCAUAAAUUCCCAGCUUCAUAUGAGUUUUUCAGAAAAGCGCAUCCGUCACAGAAGAAAAGGAGACACAAAGACCAACGACGGAGGCAGGAAUCAUCCUACAAGGACACAUCAAAACAGCAUGAGUCAGGCGUGGAGGACAAGACAAUGGACAAACUCGUUUCAGCAGUCUCAAAAUUAAGCACUUCUGACUCUCGUUCAUCCAUCAGCUUUGGUCGUAACAAAAGUCGUGGCCUGACUUUCUUGCCCAGAGCAGUUGUUCAGCAUGAGAGAAAACCAACCUCUGAGUAGAAGGAAAGUAACAAGCUUGAGUUGUUGCCAUUGUAUGAAGUCAAUCUGUGCAGUGUCUGUUGCAUGUGUAACCAACAUUCAUGCAUUUUGAAAAAAGUUAAAAAACAGAUCUUGCUGGAAGAUUUCAUGCCAUUUCUCUGCUUGUAUUUCUUCUCACAACACAGUUUUGUUAUAAAUUUCUUUUAAUGUUUGUAAGCAUGAAUGAGGGUAAAGGCAUAUAUGGUAUAUUAUAAAUUUUCGUGUAACACCUAAGCUUAAUUGAGUUGAGUUGUAUAGUGUGGUCACUGGUCAGUCUAAUGUCCCAUAAUGUUGUGUAAAAUUACUAUGUUUAGCACAACUUAGGUUUUAUGUUAAAAACAAUUACAGUUAUCUUUCACUGCC